GCGAACGAGUGAGAGUUUCUGCUGCUCUGCCGAAGUUGGCCAAGAAAAAUAAUUAAAGCAAAUACGAAUGGAAUUUGUUGAUAUUGAUAUCGUCUUGUUGAUGCUGCACUAGCUACCGGCUGGCAGCGAGAGGAAUAUAAUUGAAGAAAACUACUCCGCCUGCUGAAAUUGAACAGCACACGCGAGUCUUCUUUGUGCGCAACUGCAGGUACGUCAAGAUGCGUCAGUUUAACAUAUCGGUCAUUGGACUAUCCGGGACCGAAAAGGACCGCGGCCAGGUGGGCGUGGGCAAGUCAUGUUUGUGCAACAGAUUUAUGCGGCCAAUGGCCGACGACUACUUCAUCGAUCACAUAUCAGUGCUCAGCCAGAGCGACUUCAGCGGCCGGAUCGUAAACAAUGAUCACUUCCUCUAUUGGGGUGAUGUCCGCAAGACGACGGACGAGGGCGUGGAGUACCAGUUCAAUAUUAUUGAGCAGACCGAGUUCAUGGACGACUCCACCUUUCAGGCCUUUAAGGUGGGCAAGAUGGAUCCAUACUCGAAGCGCUGCACCGCCACCAAGGUCUUCUCCGCGGAGAAACUAAUGUAUAUAUGCAAGAAUCAGUUGGGCAUCGAGAAGGAGUACGAGCAAAAGGUGAUGCCCGAUGGCCGACUUAGUAUCGAUGGCUUUGUGGUUGUCUUCGACGUCAGUCCCGUCCCCAAUCGCAGUGUGGAGAAGCAGGUGGAGUUUGUGCAGAAUGUCAUUGCCAGCAUCCUCAAGAACAAGAAGCCCCUGGUGCUGGUGACCACAAAGAAUGACGAUGCCUACGAGCUGUAUGUUCGUGAGGCGGAGAAGAUUAGCCAGCGGAAGGACUACAAGAGCACCGUGCAACUCAUAGAGACGUCGGCCCAUGAGAGCAUCAACAUCGAUCUGGCCUUCCUCCUGCUCGCCCAGAUGAUUGACAAGGUUAAGAACCGGGUUAAGAUCAUCUCCUAUCAGGAAUCGGCCAAGUCACGCAAGGAACUGCUUGACACACGUUCCGAGGCGGUGACGCGACUGAUCCGCAAUCAGAUCACCGACUACCAUGUGCUCUGGUCGCAAGGCUCCAAGAUGCUGUCGCAGUAUCGUGAAUGGAACGAGUUCCUCAACAUCUUUGGUCACGAGGCCGGCCAGAAGCUCUUCCGCCGCCACAUGAAGAAGCUGCGCGACGAUCAUCUCAACAAGAAGCUGCUGCAGUAUCUGGACAAGUUUGCAUUGGCAUUGGAAUACCUGCUGCCGGACAUUGGUGCGCUCAAUAUCAGCGAUGACGAUGCGUGGGAAUGUGCCCGCAACUAUCUUCAAAAUCACAUUGAGUUCGAGCAGUACUUCUUCGAGUGCCCGCAGGCCUCAUGGACAGAGCUGGUGGACAUGGACGAGGCCGAGGAUGAGGCGCGCAUUCCGUUUGACGUGCUGGAGACAUCCGAGGCGGAGACAGUCUUCCGUAACUAUUUGAAUUCGGUGCAACAGGACAAGAAAAAGAUUGGAUGGAAGCAGCAGUUCAAGAUGCUUCUUGAGGAAUCGGGUUUCGUGACGCCCGGCAAGCAACUGUCCGAAGUUCGAGUCCUGUUCAUGGGUCGAGAGUGCUUCGAGGCUCUGUCGGAGCAUGACUGCCAGCAGAUCUAUGACAUCCAUCAAGAUGAGAUUAUUGAGAAGAGCAAACAGAACUUUGUAGAGCUGCUGCUUGAGCAUGCCCAGUACUUUCUGCAAUUCAAGAAUGUGGACAACAUCACGCAGGAGGAUGUGCGUCAGAUAACCGAAGUCAUUCAAGAGGAUUCGCGCUAUAAGAUGCUCGAUCGUUUGGAUCAAGAGCGGCGUCUUAUGCUCGUUCAGCACCUGCGCUUCAUCCACUGCCCCGUCCGCGAUCACUGUCCAUUCUUCUACAACUGCGUCGAUGGUUUGAUAGAGGAGGUUCUCUCUGAUAAAUCGACCAGCAACCACAAGACACCGAGUGUCGGUGGCGGCUGGAAGAGCUCAUCCUCUGGCAGCGGCACUGAUCGCACGCUCAAUCUAUUGAUUGUUGGCUCGGAGCAUCUGGCCAGCGAUCUGCUUAACGACAUACGCAUCUGCACUGGCAGCAAGGGCGAGUAUAUCUACGAGAACCAGACGUAUUAUCUCAAUUAUCGCAUUGCCAAUGGCGACAUGGAGGCCUUCAAGGCCAUCGAUGUGUAUUCAAGUGGUUUGAUCUGCGUCUACUCCAACCAGCAGUCUUUUGAGACGCUCAAGGAUAACCUGGAGCGUACGCUGCUUUGCAAUCUGGAGCUGGAGGAUAAAUUUGAGAACCUGCCAAUUGUGUUGGUCUAUCAGCCGCAGGAUCUCAAGGAGAACGAGGUGGAGUACCUGCGUAAUGAGGGCAUCCGCCUGUCGGAGAUGCUGCACUGUGACUUUAUCGAUCACACGCAGAAUCAUCAGAAGUACGUCUACGAUAUACUCAACAUUGUCAUCCUGUCGCUGAAGCUGACCGAGAUGAAAAGCUACGAACCGUAUCCCUCCAAUCACACAGACUUGCGCAUAUUGUGCUGUAUCUUCUGCGGCGAUCAGUAUGACAUUGAGAACAUUGUCCAGCCGCUGGUGGCAGAAUCGACGCUGGUCAAGGCCAGCGAGCAUUCCAUUAUUGUGGACGUUUUCAUUGGCGAUGCGAAGCGGCGAGUGGAGUUCAUACUGUCGUCAUAUCAUGGCACUAGCCAGUAUCGCGAUGAGCUAAUCCAUGGCUACAUUUACUUUUAUUCGGCCAAGCGCCGCUCAUCGCUGGCCAAUCUAAGCCUUUUGGCAGCGCAGAAUGCCAACAUUCCAUUGCAAAUAAUUGCAGUGACGGAAAGCGGGGGUGUUAAUGCGUUCUUCAACAGCGAUAUUUGCCAAUUUCUGAUCACCGAGGGCAAUGCGGUGGCCGAUCGCUUCAAGGGCAGCUUCAUGACCUUCUCGGCGGAUCAGUAUGUCAAGUUUGCCUUUUACAAUCCAUUCCUGAAGACCGCCUGGGAUAACAAGUAUGAGGUGGAGAAUUUGCAUGUGGAGGAGUCAAUUACAUUGGAUUCGGGUGAGGGAACGCUAGAGAACUCGGUUAACCAGAUGCCACGCCCGCCGCCGCGCCACGAAAGCUAUAUGCUAUCGAAUACUCUCGGAACGGAUGGUUCCGGCAGUGAGAAUUAUGAAAUGCUUCCUACACGAUCUCUCAACUCAUUAAAUGAAGAAAGAGAUAUAUCAUUAGAUGAAAUCUACGAUGACAACGAAAAGCCGAAGCAUCUGCAUCAAACGGAUGUUAGCGGGUCCAAGGAUUCACUGGCCACCCACGAUGCAGAGUGGCUGGAGGACAAGAGUGACGGACGACGCAACAUGAACAAGAACUCCAUAUGGAACAACUUUAGUGGCUCGACGCAUGCUUACACCACCGGCCGGCGGCACAUCGAUUCCAAUUUAAACAAGAUCCGGCCGAAGGGACCGAGCCAAACGUUAAAAGUGGGCGAGGCGCCAAGCCGCAAUUGCCCGGCGAUGAGCUCAUCAACUUUUACACUGCCCACCCAGCAGCCGGGCAAGCUCAAUAUGAAGAACUUCCAAUUGGUCAGCGAUGCGGUGGCCAAGAUGAACUUUACAGGCUCAGGAUCUGGCUCUGGAUCGGGCUCCGGCUCCGGUAGCACUGGCCUAGGCCUGGGUCUGGGCAGUGGCAGCAUGGUAGACUCGUAUCUGGGCGCCUGUGAGCCGGGCGAUGGCAAGGAUGGCAAGCGAUAUGAUCAUGCCCAGCUGGAUGGCGAGGAUGAGGACUCCGAGGAGCUGGCCGAGUACGAGCAGAUCUACGAGAACGAAGACUGCACCGAAUCAGACAGCUGUGCCAGUUCUACGGAGCGACGAGUGCGUCAACAGAAUGCCGCUUAUUACAACAAGGCCAGCAGCAAGAAGCCAGUGGCUGCCAAGAAACAAAAGAAAAAGAAGGUGGCCAUACCUGUGCAGACACCGCGUGUUCCUCCAUUUGGCUCCUAUGUGAGUCCACCGGAGAUUCCGCUACACUAUCAGCGGAUGGCCGUGGGCGGCGGUGGUCCAGGUGAGAGAAAGAAACCCGAUGGCGUAGGCGUGCCCGAGUUUUUGAAGAGCGACAAGUCGCCAGAGUACUCCAUGGUUCCAGAGCUGGCGGCAGCUGGAAUCUUUGGGGCUGAGAAUAUGCCCGAGUACAACAUGAAUGCCAAGUGCUUGAAGGAUUUUGAGAAGCUGGAAAAGCGACGCAUCAAGGAGGAGACGGCACGAUUGCGCAAGCUUCAGGAGAAGGAGAAGGAGCAGGAGAAGAAGCUCAAGCGUAAGCUCAAACAGAAUGCCAAGGGUCAGACCGAAUCGGCGGAGGCGCAAUUUGGCAAGCUGAUGAUUAGCUCCGACAAAGACGAGACUCCCAUUUUCCUUAACAAGUGCGUUGAGUUCAUCGAGAAGGAGGGUCUCGACUCCGAGGGCAUUUAUCGGGUGCCCGGUAGCAGGGCGCACGUCGAUAUGCUCUUCCAGCGCUUUGAAGAGGAUGCCAACACUGAGAUUGAUUCUCUGGACAUUCCCGUCAAUGCAGUGGCCACCGCUUUGAAGGAUUUCUUUUCGAAGCGACUGCCGCCGCUGUUCAGUAAGGAUAUCAUCAAGGAACUGGAAGAGAUUGCCGGUUCCCGUGGCGUUGGCAAUUCAAAGCUUAAUGUGGAGGUCAAAACCGAUCGGAGUUGCCGCUUGAUAGCUUUAAAAUCGCUGCUCCAGAAGCUGCCGCACAUUAACUUUGCCAUACUCAAAUAUAUAUUCCAGCAUUUUGUGCACGUCUCGGAUAACUCAAAGCUCAACAGCAUGGACAGCAAGAAUUUGGCCAUUUGCUGGUGGCCCACACUCAUACCCAUCGACUUCACCGAUAUGGGCCACUUUGAGCAGCUGCGUCCGUAUCUGGAGGACAUUGUGCAGACAAUGAUCGAUCAGUUUCCGUAUCUGUUCUGUGGCAAAGAUGCAUUUGUCAUGGUCUAGAAUUAGAAUGCCACCUGGAGCCAAAACGAGAUAGCUAGAUUCAAUGUGCAUGUGUGUGUGCCAGCAUUAGUGUGUGUGUGUAGGCGUGUGUGAGUGUCAUUGCCAAGUGUAGGUGCGAGUGUCCAUGAAUGCGUAAGUGGGGCGAAAAGAGAGGAUCAGCGAGGCGGGUCUCGUUAGCAAUAGAAUUGAGUAUUGAGUAAACAGUAACGAGUAAAGAGUAAGGAGUGACGAGUAAGGAGAGGAUUCAUUCAAGAGCUAGAAGCGAAAGCAACGUGUAGUGAGAGGAAGUGAAGGUAGCCCAUCGAUCGAUCGAUUCAUUCAAAUGAGGAUCAGCAGCCAGGCAUACAUAUAUACAUAUUAAUAUUUAAUAAUAGUACAUAGAUUUGGGAGUUAUGUGUGUGUGCGUGAGUAUCUGUGAACAACUUGGCUAAGUAGGGUAUUUAUUUUUUAUAUAAUUACUUACAUACAUAUGUAUAUCGCUUAUAUAUAAAUAUAUAUAUAUAUGUAUGGUAAAUGUCUGUGUGUGUCUGCGUCGGCGUCUGCGUGUACGAAUUACUUACGAUAUAUAAAUAUAUAUCUUCUAUAUACAUAAACACACACACAUAUAAUAUAUAUAUAUAUAUAUUUUGUAUCGAUGGCUUUGUUGUGUUUCCGUGAUAAAUGUAAACGCGUCAAGUAUUUAUAUUUUUUUUUGUGUGUCCUUGUCGUUGUUUUCAUUGAGUGAGACCUCCCCUCGCCGCAACCCGUGUCCCCGCUGCCAACCUCCGUCACCGCUCAGAGACUCGCGCCUCCAUUGAUUCAUCCAAAUAUAAAUCCCCACCAGAAACAACAACAAAAAGGAGCGGGGCCGGGUGGCGCCAACGACAACGCACAGAAAAAAAAACUAAAACAAGAAAUGAGAAAAACAAAACUAAAAAGAGUUGAAAGCGAGGGAGAUUAUCUAGGAUCAAGAAUGGUUAAAUAAAAUUUACUGUGUAUCUGUGUAUGUUAUAUAACUGUAACUGU